AUGGAAAGAAAGGAUUGGCAAGAGUCUCAUUCUCAAGCAAGGCAUUCGAUGAGCCAUGUCGCGGAAGAUCACAGUCAGAAACUUGCGUCUAUUCGACAACGCGCAGACUCGCAUCAACCUCGCACGUGCACGUCAACAUCCCCACGGCCACGGCAACCAUCAGAAGUGGAUCAUCUGGCCCCGCAAGCUGUCAUCUCCGCAUACUUAAGAUCUUCAUAUAACGGAGACGAUGCAGAUCGCCCAAGGAGGUUCUCAUCAGCAGCAGAGGCCUACGACGCGCCUUCGUCAUCACACCACAAACCGCCAGGCGAGAUGAGACAGAUCAGCGGAAAUUUCAAUGCACCAACUAAGAUUGAGGUAGAGCGGCAAAGGAGCCAUAGGAAAAGAUCACGGGGCAUGGGAAAGCUCAAGGAUGCCGUCAAGGCCCUAGUUAGGGCUUAG